AUGGCUUCCCAUCCGGAAGAAAAUACGAAAGGAGAUGAUUCCAGAAACAAGGACAGUUCCAAGGCCGAAGUGCACCAUAUCGAUAAACUGAAAGAUCAGACCGGCCCGGAGCUGCCAGCUCUUUUGGAAGACCUGAGCGAGGAUGAGUUCCGACGCAUUGAGAAGAAGAUGGUAUGGAAGGUUGAUUUGAGGAUGCUGCCGCUCGUGAUCAUCAUGUACAUCUUGAACUAUCUUGACCGGAACAAUAUCGCAGCUGCUCGAUUGGGUGGAAUGGAACAAGAUCUAAACUUGGUUGGCUCGCAGUACCAGCCCGGUUGCGUCUUCUACCUUUCUUCCUGGUACACACGAAAAGAACUGGGCGUUCGGCUCGCCAUUUUGUUCCAAGGCAGCUUACUGUCCGGAGCCUUUUCUGGUUUGAUUGCUGCAGGAGUUCUGGACGGAAUGGCUGGUGUACGGGGAUUGGCAUCGUGGCGAUGGCUCUUCAUUAUUGAGGGAACUGCCACAGUUGUCGUAGCUAUACUUGCCAUAUUUUUGCUGCCAAACUUCCCCCACACGACGGGAUGGCUAUCUGAGCAAGAGCGGCAGCUUGCCAUGUGGAGACUGGAACAAGAUGCUGGAGAGACGGAUCAGAGCGAGGAUGACAAUUCCUCAAUUCUCGAAGGGUUCAAGAUGGCAGCCAAAGAGAUCAAAGUAUACGUCGUGGCCAUCAUGCUCAUCUGCGUCGCAUCCUCGGCUUCGGUGCUCAACUUCUUUCCCACUGUUGUCGAGACUUUGGGGUAUGGCCGCACUGAGACACUCCUGCUGACAGCUCCUCCAUACGUUCUUUGCAUGUUCACAUCGUGCUUCAUUGCGUGGAACUCAGAUCGAACCGGCGAGAGGUACUUCCAUUGCACGGCGCCGCUCUACUUUGCUAUUGUAGCCUUCGUCAUUGCGGCAUCAACCACAGCAAUUGUGCCGCGGUACAUCUCCAUCAUGCUUAUGGUCCCAGGCUUUUGGUCGAGCUGGCCUUUAGUGUUUGCUUGGGCCUCCAGCGCCAUUCCGCGGCCGGCAGCAAAGCGGGCUGCAGCAUUGGCCAUGAUCAACUCCGUGGCCAACUGCGCGAAUAUUUUUGGAAGCUACUUGUACCCCACAUCUCACUCUCCCAGAUACAGUACGUGA